AUGAACAAUAAGAGGGCUUUCGGCCAGCUGGUGCCUGCCAGGGGAACUCGAGAGCAGAAGCAUCGCGGCGUGCCCAGAGACGGCCGAGCUCAAGAAGUCCAAGCACGCUCGCGUGCCGUGUCAGAGUGCCCUGCUCCACCUCAUCCGUUUGCGAUUCGGAUCUGCGUGUCGAUGCCCGCUCACAGUGGCGUUGCUGAGCCACGAUGCGAGUACUGUUGGUGUUGUUGUGGCUGUGCUGAUGCUUUGCCACGUGCGCUUGCCACCCCGACGUAUCCAAUUGCCCCCCCGUGUUUCUGCCCGAUCGUCCUUGUCCACCCCUCCCUGGCUGUCCUGAUGCCUCAGGUGCUGUGGCUCCUCGCUGAGGAGAUCCAGGAGAUCAUCAACGAUAGAUGGAAGUACAUGGAAGAGUGGUUCUGGAACCUGCUCGACUG